AUGCCCACUGAAUUUUGUUCCUCCAAUCCAGUUGCCAUGGAGGAGGCGGCAUUGUCGAUAAUUAAGACCCGAUUUCUGCAAACAAUGGCCGCCUGUCAAUUUGAGUAUCCUAUCAAACACAGAGUCCCCGAAAAACCACACGAUUUGAAUAGACAGCCAAACGUAGAUCACUGCGAGUUUGAACGUCUGACGCAAGAGGAUCGUCCCAGUAGACAGCCCCGAGCGACUUGUAAGAGGGAGCACCAUUUCGGUCCUUUUGAGACUUACCACAUAGAAUGUGGACAAUGCGAAACAUAUGAAAAACCCUUCGAAUGA